GACAGCCACCAGGGGGCAACACCAUGUUGUAACCUCACCACACUGAAGACGGUUCGCUGCCUUAUGCGAGUUGUACCCGGGACUGAGAGAAAGAAUUAAACUCUCUGCUAUUAUUUUAGUUGGAUUAUCAACAAUACAUCGCUGCUUUCCUCUGUGAGAUAGACACCUCCUCUUGAGGGUUUUUAAAACAGUGUCACCUUACCGCUGGUGGUCUUUACAUUGUGUAACAUCAACGGAGGAAAUUAAAGCCCGUUAUGUUCAAUCCGCACCACCACCAGCAGCAGCAACAGCAGCAGCAGCAGCAGCAACAAUUUCACCAGCACCUGCGGCAGCUACAACAACUUUUCCAGCAGCAGCCUCCACCUCCCCCUCCGCCACAGCCGCCUCCUCGGCAUCAUGUCGCCCAUCACCACCACCAGGCACAGCGAUCCCUUCCUGGCGCUCAGCAGUCAGCCCCUCCUCCCAGGAUGGUCAACAUGGGCCAGGGGUCCAUGGCCCCUAAUCCCAUGCUGCAGGGGGCCCUACUGAUGCAGCAGAUGCAGGGUAGCAUGCGGGGCUUUGGGAUGGCUAGACAGCAGUUCCGUCAGUUCUUCACUGCCGGGUCCAGGAACUCUCUGCUCGGCCCGGUCCCCAUGGGCAUGGCCAUGAAGUCCCCCAUGAUGGGUUACCCAGCUCCCCGACAGUACCACCAGCACGCUCGCUACUACAACAACAACAACAACAACACCCCCACCACAGCCUCUUCGUCCUUCUCUUCCACCACUACUUCCACCACUACUGCGGACACUGCAGCCCGUCAGCCUGACAGGAAGAGGGACAGCGAGCAGAUGGCCUCAGGGAGCACAGACGACCAACCAGCAGCUAGCAGUACCAAUGAAGCCGGGGACAAGACUGAAACAGAUGGUGCCGUGGGAGGAGUGGAUGAACCAACGCAGUCGUCUGAGGAGCAACUUGAAGAACCUGUAGUCAAGAAGCAGAGGACAGAUGGGUCAGAGAAUCCCAAGGAGCACUGUGGUGUUGAGACGAUCACCAUCGCAGAUACAGAUGGGGAUAUUCUGUUUUCAGAUAGUAACAGCAACACAGAGGACAGCCAGCCUGGAGACUGCAUCCUUAUGGAGGAAGGAGGCUCCCCUGGGGGGUCGGAUGUUGUUGAGGCACUGGAGGAGAGCAGAGCUACUGAGGAGCACAGCCAUUUGUCAGCUACGUCCCCACCAGGCAGGCUGAGUGAAGAGGACCAGCAGGGGGAUUUCCUCUCAGAGGGGAAAGACGCCUCUUUAGCUUCAGCAGACAACCAGGAGGAAGAGGAGGGUGUAGCAGAUGGCACCAAUAAGUUCUACUGCUACCUUUGCAGCAUUACCUGCCACAACCAGCAAAACUUCAAGAGUCAUAUGAACAGUGUUUCGCACCAGCAGAGGAUGAUGGAGAUCCAACACAUGAGCAAUGCCUGCCUGGUCACCCUGAUGCCACGAGUGCACGAGUCCCUACAGGAAGCAAUUAAAGACGGAGAGAAGAGGUCUGACUUGAAGCAUUGGUGUGCCACCUGUCACACCCACUUCACCAGUAGCCUCACAGAGCACCGUCGCACCGAGGAACACAAACUUGCCAGCAGAGCCGUCAUCUCCUCCUGCACCGUCUGCAAGAAACGUUUCAGGACCUCCCAGAUUUUUGUGGAGCACUUGCGGUCUCAGGAUCACAGACGGAAAGUGGAGGAGCUCCAGGAACAGGAAGGCUGCGAGGCCUUAGGCAAGCUGACGGAGCUGGACACAGAGGGCUUCUCAUUGGAGGAGGUGGAUGGCGAGGAGGUGGAGGAGGAGGAGGAGGAGGAGGAGGAAGAGGAUAAACAGAUGAACGAACAGGAUGACUGUUCCUCCGUUAAAGAAGUGACUCUGAAGGACAUGGCCAGUGACGAGCAGUAUGACGCUGACACAGUCUAUGGGUCCAGUUUUUUUGUUCCAGUCGCAGGUUUUAUCUGCAGACUCUGCAACAAGUUCUACCACUUUGAAUCCUCUGCCCUGCACACUCACUGCAAAUCAAUGAAGCACUUUGAGAAGCUCAAGGGGUACCGAGAUUUGAAGAGCGACGCUGUUGAAUCUUCCAGAGAGUGUCUCCCCGCUGCAGACAGCCUCAGGCCUCCUGUGACCGAGACCCCCACAGUCUGUUCUGAGGAAACCUCCCCCUCUGAGGAAACCUCCCCCUCUGAGGAAAACUCUGUUUUACUGACAAACCCAGAAACCCAGCAACAGGAGGAGGAAGAAGCAGAACCAACCUCACAGCACGUUGUCAGCACCUCAGCCACCAGCACUGACAGCACAGACCAAGAGCUCCGCCUCCAACUGAAAGAAGAAGAGACAACGAAAGGAGAAGAGACAACGAAAGGAGAAGAGACAACAACAUCCCAGGACUCUGUAGAUAUGGAGGGGCCAGUUGAGCCUCCUGCUGCCAGCGGAGAGGAGCCAGUUGCUAUUAAAGAAGAAGAAGAGGAGGAGGAGAAGGAGGAGGAGAAGGAGGAGGAAGAGGAGGAGGAGGAAGAGAUGGAGGAAGUGAUGGAGGAAGAGAUGGAGGAAGAGAUGGAGGUUCCUGCUGUCCCAGGGAAAAAGAAGGCAAAAGCUAAACCCAAACGCAAGACGGGGAGGGCCACAAACAGACGCUGAGUCAGAGAGGAGGUGGGGAAAGAGUGGAACCUGGCAGAAAUGUAACCUGAUACUGACCGGAUGUGUCCGUAUGUGAUGAGGUGCUUUCAUGAAACUGAGACCAAGGUGUGAGCAGCCCCGCUUCUCUCCAUGUCGGAAAGUCUGAAUUUACCACACACAUGUAGGAAGAUUGAUAAUAUUGGUGGAACAUGACUUCCCAUGUGAUGCUCUCCCGGGGUGGGAAAUUAACACCUGACAGCUAUAGCAUACAUGUUAAACCAGUGGGUCCAAAUGUUGGCUCGUGGUCAAAGAAUGAUGUCGCAUCAUCUCUAGCCUCACCAUUACAUUACAGCAAUACACAUUAGGUCAUUGUAGUUCAGAUCAAACUGUUUUCCUUAUAAAGAGAAGCUUCUUCUACAAAAACCAUCAACUUGAUACCAUUCUGUCCCAAUUUCUUCCUUCAUACUAAAAUCAAAGCAUUUUCGGCAUGUUUAUUGCAAUGUGUAGUUAACUCAAAAAGUCACUUGCACACAGGUGGUAAAAAAAAAAGACGCUUUGUGAACCCCCCAAGUAAACUAAAAGUGUAUUUAAAUUGUAGUAACUUUAGCGGUCCCUAAAUUUCAUCUCGUUCCAUCAUCAGGUACAAAUCUUAUCUUGUGUCAAAUGUAAUUUAUGACCUUUUACCAUAUGUCUUCAGCUGAAGUACAACCACACAGAGCCACAAGUGAACUAUACUGCAAUGAAUUGACUGUUAACAAGUAGAAUGGGAUUGAGACACUGAUAAAAGCGUAUAGUAUAUAUACCUAGACAGUUUUUUAAUGUAAAGUAUUACAUGCAUUUCCCAAACAAGUAGAUCUGCAUUUGACAUCUGCUUAAAAGAGCAAUUACCCCAUCUUCCAGAACUAUUUAUUAAAAUCACUGUAAUUGCUUAUGACCCCUAAAUGAACAGCAUCUAGGCUUUUUAUAAUUAUGCUGCGUUCAAGUACCCAAAUAGGCUGGUAGUCCCUCCAAAACGUUAAUUUUCCACCCUGCUGUGCUCAAGGAUCAGGAUAUUGUUUUUGCUCAUUAUUAAGCUAGCUAGAAGAGUGAUUGUUAUUUUAAUAUAACGUACAAGUGGAGACAUGUUCAAUAAUGGCACAUGCUUAUAGAGAGCUGAAAGGAGAAUGUAAGCAAUGUAAGUGUUUGAGCGAAUAACGUCUUUUGUUUUUCAAACUAAAGUGUUAAACAGGGUACUUUUAGAUGGAGUAUUGAGACAUAUUUUUUUCUUAAUAACGUGUUUAAAAUGUGUUGGGAUUCAACAGGCUCUAAACACAAAAGUCUGCACUAUCUGCUCAUUUGGAUAUUUGAAAGCUUGUCGGUUUAGACAUAUGCUGCUGGGUAUUAAAGAUUGACCCACAAAUCAGUCUUCUAACUCAUAAUUCAUAACGAUAAAAGCGUAGAAUGGAUAGUAGAGUGUGCCUGCAUUCAGAAAAAAAGUGUUUUCCAUUGUCUUACAAUGCUGUUAGUGGUAGUUGCUCAUUUUCCUCUAAUUUAUCAUUGCAUUGAUUUUCUAAGAUAUUUGUGUUUGCUAUACACUGGACAGAAGAAACCACAGUUAUUGUGAGGAGGAAAGUGUUUCUAUUUAAUUUAACAAACGGACUGAGUAGCAGUCACACAGUAGACCAUCCCAUGAUCAUACAAAUGUGUAACUUUGGUUCCAGCAUUUCAGCAGUCACAAGGUUUGAGGACUAGUGUGGCGUUCUGGAAACAUUUCAUCGUCCACAUCGGAGAAGGAUAUUUUGAAGCACACAAGUGGUUUGCUGACGCAUGUAGCAACUAUUGUAGUCUUGGUGGUGACUGUCACAUGACACGUACUUAUGAUGAAGAAGUGAAGCUCAGAACGGAAGAGAGAAAAGGACGUAAAAGAUAAUUUCAGACAAAGCUGUAUGUUUCUUAUUGUAUUUUUAUUCAGCUACUGACUAAAUGGAGGUGAAUAAACGGGAUGUUUUCUAACUGCUGGAAGUUAUGGAUUUGGGGAUUUUUGUUUUCUGUUGGGGGGGUUCAUUUUAAUUUCUAUUAAAAUGUCUGACAAUUCC